AUGAUUACCCUAAGCGAAAACCCUAGCUUUGAAAAAGAGAAGAAUACUAUUAAAAACACGGCUGUUAAGCAUAGCAAACACAGCACAUACUCAAGCGAAGAGCUUCUCCUGAACUCGGACAGAAGUUCUUCGGCGGAGGAGCUGGAAGAGUUUCCCUACAGCUCGAACGAGUCGGGAAAAGCACAGCGGAACUCAAACCCCGGACGAGAAGGCGGAGGAGGAGGAGGAGGAGGAGGAGGAGGAGGAGGAGGAGGAGGAGCAGAGAGGAAGUAUGAAAUCGCGGACGAGGAUGCGGAGGAGUUGAUUGGGAAGAAAGGAACCGCUUUAGUGUUGAACACACAGGGAGGUGUGAGUGAGAGCCUGCUGAAGUGUCUGUUCUGUGACAACCACACCAAUGUGGCCACUUCCAGGGAGUCUUACCUGGAACACCUGAAGAAGACACAUCGUUUUAUCAUCGCCAACGACCACCUCAUCGCCGACUUCAAAAGAUACAUAGACUACUGGCGGGUGCGUUUCGUGCAGAAGGAACUGACAGAGUACUGCAGCAUCAUCAAGACCCCCAUGUUUCCCGAGGACAACGGAGUACCCACCAUGUAUCUAGUGUUGGGGGACAUCCCUCAAGAUCGCAAACUGAGGGAGUCCCUUCAACAGAAGAGACUGCGUCUCGUGUUAGAGCAGAAUCAACUGGAAAGAAUGGACAAGACGUUCUCUCACUCGUGCAUCUUCUGCGAGCAGAAGUUCGAUCAGGUCAAUCGAAGUGACAUCUUCGAACACAUGCACUCCGAACACUUUUUCAACGUCGGACACCCAGACAACCUCGUGUUCACUGCAGAACUUCUAGAUGUGCUGCACGAGGCCAUCGGAAGGUGUCAGUGCUUGCACUGUGACAGUAUUUAUGCGGACAAGGCGGAGCUUUUUGAACACAUGAAGAGAAAGCAGCAUCGGAAGUUGAAUGCGAAGAACACCAUAUACGACAAGUACUACAUCAUCAACUACCUGGCAAUCAGUAGUCCUGAGAAUGCUCGGACCAGUGAGCCAGCUGCUAUCCUUGAGGACUUCCAAAGAAAUCGCCCGCGUAUCGGAAUCAGCUGGAUUAUCGCCGCUCAGAACAUGGUGCCACUCAUCAAUGCUUGUCGAUUCGAGGAUUUCGCCGACACGGUUAGCCACGAAGACAGGUGUCAGUGCUUGCACUGUGACAGUAUUUAUGCGGACAAGGCGGAGCUUUUUGAACACAUGAAGAGAAAGCAGCAUCGGAAGUUGAAUGCGAAGAACACCAUAUACGACAAGUACUACAUCAUCAACUACCUGGAGUUGGGCAGAUCGUGGGAGGACAUAAUGGCAGACGAGGACACGGAGAUCUGGAGGGAGUUGAAGAGGGAGGAGUACAACUGGUCAGACUGGAGAGAGGACCACCCCCAGCACUUCAAGCUGCCAGGGGCAAAGUGUUCUCUGUUCGAAGAGAUUUUGACUGAAGGCGCUGAACUGGAUAUGAAAAACCAGCUGUUGACUCUAUUUUCAGAAGCCGCUAUCUGGCAAAUGACUGUAUGGAGGCAAGUUCCUGAAGGCGCUGAACUGAUUAUGAAAAACCAGCAGUUGACUCCGUUUUCCAAAGCCGCUCUCUGGAAAAUGACUGUAUAUAGAAGCCGCUCUCUCGAAAAUGACUGUAUAGAGGAAGUUCCUGAUGGCGCUGAACUGAUUAUGAAAAACCAGCUGUUGACUCCAUUUUCAGAAGCCGCUCUCUGGAAAAGCACUGUAUGUAGGCAAAUUCCUGAAGGCGCUGAACUGAGUAUGAAAAACCAGCAGUUGACUGCAUUUUCAGAUGCCGCUUUCUGA